AUGGGCAUAACGUGGUCUGCUUAUAGCGGGAGUUUCUCGCGUCCGAGAAGGCGAUUGGCUCCCGCGAUUUCAGCGCGUUUGGGCUCCGGAGACGAUGCGUCAGGACCUUUCGCCAAGCUGGCUUCUCUGAUCCCAACUCCUAAAUCUCCCAAGUCUCCCACCACGGCGGCACGUGAAUCUUCUAGUAACACGAAGAAGUGGAAGAGUGCGGCAGACGAAAGUACGGCAGGUGAGGCAGAGACGCAGGUCGACACGGCGCGUGCUGCGGAUGCUUCUGAUACAGGGAUCGACGGCGGAGCGAGUGCUGGGAGGGAUCCUGGUAGAAACGAGCUGUAUCAGAAGCAACAGCAGCAGCAGCAGCAGCAGCAGCAGCAGGAGAAGAGACCGGAGGAGCAGGGAACGAAGCGGACACAGCAGCAACCGAAGCAGCAGCAGAAACAGCAGCAGCAGGUGGGAGUGGGGGGGAAUGGCAAGGGAGGAACAACAGGAGCCGAAUGUGACUCAAACGGUCGACCUCCAGGCGCUCGUCAGAAGCGGCAACAGCGAGGAGGAGUGGCAGCAGGGAGCAGUCGGGGUGGGGUGGGAGCAGAGGGGCAGGAGCGAGGGGCGAAGUCAGGGCAGAAGGAGAAGCGAACGGGGCAGGCAGGAAGCGGGUUGGGGUACGUGGAUCAGCUGCGGGCGCUGCAGGCCCAGAUGCAAGGAGCAGAGAGUAAACCAGCGGAGAUUAAAGUAGCAGAGAUCAAAUCAGCGGAGAAGCAGCGGCAGCAGCAGCAGCAAGCAGCGGCACGCGUGAGUUGGUUUGAAGAAAGCGAAGAGCGGAGGAGGAAGCAGGGAUUGGACGCCGAAACGCCUUAUGAGUCAACGCAAACGAGAAACGGGUCAGAGGUCAGGGAAGUGGAAAUGCAGGGGGGUAAAGCAGCAGCAGAGACGCAGCAGCAGGAUGCAGUGCCAGUGAGCCGUGCUGCUGGGGAAAGAGGAGAGUCGAAGGGGAGAAUUCUAGGAAACGGAGUAGGAACAAGUAGGAAGGUGCAGGUGCAGGAAUCUGAGGCGCGAUACCCCUGGGAUGAUCCCGAGGAGCAGGCUGAAAGGGGGGAGGAAGAGGGUGAGAUGGGGAAGGGUCGCAGGGUUGAGAGUGCUGAUGGGAGCAGCGUUGGAAAUGGUGUUGCAGGCCGACCCGGUGCUGGCAGUAGCAGAAGGAGAAGAGAGGCGGAGAGAGGAGAGGCGGACAGACUAGAGGAGGACAAAGGAGAGGAGGUUAAAGGGGAGAAGGGCAAAGGAGAGAAGGACAACGGGUCGAGGGUAGAUGAAACGGGUGCAGGGGUUGGCACUGGCAGUAAAGCAAGCAGGAGUGGGCAGUGUGGGGAGAAGGCGAGGGAGGGGGGUGGAAAGGAGAGUGGGGGUGCAAGAAAAGGCGAGGAGAGCGGGGGUGAGAAUAUGGAGAGUGGGCGAAGAAGUGCAUUUAGAUGGGAAAGAGGCAGCAAAACGGAAGAGAGAACAGUCACCAAGAUGGAAGUAGAGACUCAGCAGGACCAGGAGAAGCAGCAGAAUAAGCAGCAGCAGCAGGAGAAGCAGAAGUUGAAGCAGAAGCAGAGAACCAGCGGCGGCAGUCAGAAUGGCAGCAGUACUGGUGGUGUUAAGGCAGGCACUGUUACUACUGGUGCUUCUGGCAACAGUACUGGUGGCGGUAAGGCAGGCACUGUUACCACCACUGGUGCUUCUGGCAGCAUAAGCACCAGGAGGAGUUGCAGCAGGAAAAGCAGAUCUGGCAAUGCCAGUGGGAAUGACAGCGAUAGCGACAGAGAAAGUGGAAGUGAAGGGGAUGGGGAUGCAAAGAAGGGCCUCGUACCAGGCACUGACGAGAAGGAUUGGAAGGAGGUUUGGUCGUCAAUAGACACUGAGGUGAAUGGUCGUGAUGGUGGUGGUGGUGGUGGGCUUUCGGAUGGUUCGUCCUCGUCUCGGCCUCGGCGGCAGCUACCGCCAAUCACAGGCGAGAUGGUUCUGGCCAGCAUGCAGCGAAUGGCCAAGGAGAGAGCUGCUGCUUCUGCAGCCGCGGCUGCUGCUGCUGCGGCUGCUUCUGAUAGUGAGGAUGAGGAGGGACAGAGGAGGGUGAAGGGGGUGAGGGGACGAGGGAGAGGGGGUGCACGGAAUACUUUGAGUUCAGUGGAGUUGGAUGAUUUGGAACCGAUUGUGGUCAAGGAGGAAUGGGGUGUGGAGCUGGAACGGUUGUUCGGGAAGCUCGAGCAAUUGAAGAACAGAGAACCUACUAAGAGCAGCUGCUGCGGGCCUAAGUCCUCCGCGUCUCCCGCCGCCUCGACCGGCGGCGCGGGGAGCGACGUGACGCAUGCUGACGUGAGCGAGUAUUACGGGAAGACGGUGCAGCAGCAGACGGAUCUGCAGACGUCAGCGUGCUUGGUGAAGGGCGGCCUGGGGGAGGACAUUCGCCGCCUGCUCAGCAACGUCCACGAUGAGAUCUUGUCGAAAUUCUACGGCUGUGGUUCGCCCAUCCCUCCCCUGCUCAAGGGCUGCACGGUGCUGGAUCUGGGUUGUGGAACGGGGAGGGACGUGUACGUGGCAGCUCAGCUGGUGGGGCCCACAGGCCAGGUCAUCGGGAUCGACAUGACAGACGAGCAGCUGGCAGUGGCGCGGAAGCACGAGGAGUACCACCGGGAGAAGUUUGGCUUUGAGAAGUCGAAUGUGUCGUUCAGGAAGGGGUUUAUAGAGGAUCUCAAGGCUGCUAAUGUCGAGGACAGCUCCGUGGACGUGGUGGUGUCCAACUGUGUCAUCAACCUCGCCCCCAGCAAGGUGCCUGUGAUCUCCGAGAUCGCCCGCGUGCUCAAGACGGGCGGCGAGCUCUACUUCUCGGACGUCUUUGCCGACCGCAGAAUCCCCAAGCACCUGCAACAGGACAAGGUUCUCUUCGGCGAGUGUCUCAGCGGGGCUCUUUACCUGGAGGAUUUCCGGCGUCUCAUGGCCUCUGUGGGGCUGGGUGGGUGGGGAGUGGUGGAGGCUCGGGAGCUCGACGUGGAAAAUCCAGAGAUUGCCGCCCGGGUGGGUCCGAUUCGAUUCUACAGCUUGACCGUCCGGGCAGUGAAGCUACCAUCUGGGGCGGGUGACGGGGAAGGCGAGGACCUGCCCGAGAAUUACGGGCAGACAGCAACUUAUUCCGGGUCUAUUCCAGGACAAGCGGGGGAAUUCACCCUGGACAAUGUGAGGGUGUUCAAGGCGGGUGUGGCCACGCCUGUGGAUGCUACAACUGCUGCCAUGCUGACUGUAUCGCGCUACAGCAGUGCAUUCACUGUGACUGAGAAGGGUGCUCACCAGGGCCCCUUCACUGCCUGGGCAAGGUUUCCGGCUUCGGUGGCUGGUGCCUGGUGGUCUGCUACUGUGGAGAAGGCGAAAUCUGGGUGUUGUUAA